AUGAGGGCCCUGGUAUGUCUGAUGCUCAUCGCGGCAGCGUACGCCGGCGAAGAAAAGACGGUCCAGAAGCGUGGGCUGCUCGGUCUGGGCGGCUUGGGUGAACUGGGUGGUUUGAGUCUCGGCGGCGGUCACCUAGGAAGCGAAUUGGGACACGGAAAACUGGCGAUCGCCAUCCACGAAAGACCAGUCGCUGUGCCAGUUGCGGUCCCGAAACCAUACCCAGUCCCUGUCGACCGACCAGUCCCAGUAAAGGUGCCAGUUGCGGUCCCACAACCCGUUGCAGUGCCAGUGCCGGUGCCCCAACCUUACCCUGUGGUUCAAACCAAAACCGUAGCGGUCCCCGUCGACAGACCCGUACCAGUGUCGGUUCCAGUUAAGGUGCCCGUGCCCGUUCCAGCUCCGUACCCCGUCAAGGUUGCAGUCCCCCACGCGGUUCCAGUCGCGGUUCCACAGCCUGUCCUCGUUAAACAAGCGGUCCCUGUUCUUGUUAAGGGUCUGGGCCAUGGCCUCGGACACUAUUAGAUGAAUUUUCACCUUCCUUCAAGUGUUGCCCUUUCGCGUCUAACCCCCUCGCAUCGCAAGAGACACAUGACGAGCGCAGUACCAA